AUGAUUCAUCUAUGGAUGGAUCGUCCUAACGAUUUGGUCAGUAGUUCGAAAACGAAAAGUAACGUUCGACUUUCGAAAUACGUUUCUAUAAGUGAUGGUAAUCGUAACAAUUGCACAAAUUCAACAAACUAUUACGCAGGAACGACUGAAUCUGGAUCAAAUUCCACGGCAACAAGUGCAUUGAGAAAAUGUUGCCGAAGUACCAGUGUCGCUGCCGAAGAAAGUCGUUCGCAAAGAACUCAAGGAAAAUCAAAUCAUCGCAGUCGUUCAAAAAGUGUAUUCGCUCAUAAACAAUGGCUCGAUGGAGCGAUGAGUGGAACAGGCAUUACCAGCGAAUUGUUUAAGGUUACAAAUGCUUAA